CACGGCUUACCUACAUUUUCUAUCCUACUCCCACGCCUUGGUGUGCCGUAUUUUUUCUCUCUCCCUAGCUUCACUAGAGCGCGGAAAGAUUGCGCACUACGAAUAUUGUGGGUUAUGUUGUGUGACACAGUGACAGUUGCACUUGACCUAUGUUGAUGUAAACAAGUGUGUGCUGCUAAUUGAUUUUGGUUUUCAAUUGUUAUUUUAAUAAAAGCGUGAUCUAGGUACUCAUUUUGUGCUCGCAAUGAACGAGGACGAAUAUGACAAGAACAAUGAGAAUAACAAAGAUUUAAUGAUUUUGUUAGCAAAAAGACGAAAAUUAAUAAGCUUGCGAGAUACGAUAAAUUGUCGUUACCCAAAAGUUGACGACGGAAAUGAUAAUAUGGCAUCGGACAAACCUAACACUCAAUUUUCAUCAACUACGGAGAUUUCAAUUACUCCGCCACCAUUUUCACCACUUACUCCUCGAAUGAAUGUAAAAACUAACCAAGAAAACAAAGAACAUGUAUCUUAUACUGACAGUCCAUUGACUUACGUGCACUCAACUUCUUCACCAACUAAGAAUCAGCUGAAUGGAUGCAAUCCAGAUACACCAUUGCCACUCAUUCUUGCUGAUAUAACAGCUGUGAAUAUAGUACAGAAUCAAUAACACCACCUAUUCCAUGUUUUGUCCAUACAGUUGAAAAUGGUUCAAGAGCAAAUUUCUCGCCUAACCCAAGUAUGUAUUCAGAAUUUCAAACAACUGUGAUUAGUUUAGAACCGCAUUCAUCGUUUAUUCCAUGUUCGACUCCAGAAACUCCAACAGCUCUCAAUAAUGUAGAACAGGAUUCAUCGCCUCUUCCGUGUAUGUCUCCUGAAACUCAGAAGCUUUUUGAUGUCCUUACUGAACCAAAUAUACUUGAAAAUCAUUCACGCGAUUAUAUUGAACACAACUAUGAAAACAGUGAUGAUAGUGUUGCUGAUCCAAACUUUGAAAUUAGUGAUUUAAAGGACUGUGAAUCAA